AUGGGGCUAACAGCCGCCUGGAUGUCUCCAGUUGCUAUCACCUCGCUCCCCGAAUCUUCCGGAGACUCUGCAGACGUUUAUACAUCUGGAACUCCCCCCAGCGCUGGAAAUCUGAAUCUUGAACCUUUGGCUCUCUUCGUCCGGAGCGUUGCUGUGGAACUGCGCGACCGUCAGAAAAAAUGUUUGGUAAAGAUUGUCAAGGGCCUUGAUGAAUACAAGAAACAUUUAUUAUUUGUGAAUGAAUGGAUUCAAGGUGAAAUGCAGCAAGUGGAUUUAUUGCUGGUCAGCAUGAAAAAUCUGGCUGAUUUGCUCACUUUCCAGAACAAGGUUCAGGAAAAUAUUACUCACCAGCACAACGAGAUUUUUGCUCCAGACAAACUUCCUAAUAGUGUCUGGGAGAAGCAACUGAAAAUUCACGUGAUUCUUAGAAACUUUGCACUCUUCAUGGAAAAUACUGUUCGAGCCAUUCGAUUCAUGAAUUAA